AUGAAAAUGAAGAUAAUUAUAUAUAUUUGCAUUUGGGCAACCGCAUGGGCCAUUCCGGUUCCUCAUUUAGUACCAUCGGAAAGAGACAUUGUUGAAAAAUCUGUGGAUGUACGUCUUCUAGCGCAUCCAGGAACCGCAGCGCAGAACGAGUUACCUGUCAACACCACCACUAGGGACAGUAACGACUCCCCGAAUGGCAGUGAGAUAGGAGAGCAGGUACAAUCCGAGGACAGGAAUGUAGGAGGGAAAGAUUCUUCUACUCAGCCCAUUUUAGCAAGCGAACCCGGGAACCAUGCCGAGGACGUAGAAACCUGUGGUCAUGAUGGGGUGCAUCCGAGAGGAGAGGACAACACAGCAAAUGACGUCAGGGGCCAAGAAGGCAUCGCUGAAAAUGCCGAGGAAGCAGAGAGUAGUGUACACGGACAGACUGAUCAGGAUACAAAAACUCGGGGCGCUAGUGGCGUGAGCCAGAAUGUUUCCCUUGUUCAGGGAAAUGGGCCUCAAGAAGCUGGCAGCAAGGACAGCAGCAACCAUGAGGCGGGAAUACACGGGAGUGGGGCUGCUACCCAGGAAACAACUCCUCAGAGAGAAGGGGAGGGGCGUGAGAACCAGGGGACUGAGGUGACCCCGAGCAUCCGGGAAGAUGCUGGUUUCGGUAAUGCUGAGGGGAGUCCUAGCGGGAAUGGGGUAGAGGAGGACGAAGACACGGGCUCUGGUGAUGGUGAGGGUGCAGAGGCAGAUGGAGGGGAGAGCCACAAUGGCGCGAAGGGCCAGUCUCAUGGGGGAAACAGCGACCACAGAGGUCAGAGUUCAGUUAGUACUGAAGACGAUGACUCUAAAGAACAAGAAGGCUCCCCACAUGGACGCGAUGGAGACAAUAGCAGUGAGGAAAACGGCACUGAAGAAGGCGACCGUACCCAAGCAACGCAGGACAACCAGAAGCUCAGUCCCAAAGAUGACAGAGAUGCAGAGGGUGGGGUCAUCAGUCAGGCAGAAGCCUGUCCUUCUGGGAAGAGCCAAGGUCAGGGAAUAGAAACUGAAGGUUCCAACACAGGCAACAAAAGUAUUAUUACCAAAGAAUCUGGGAAACUUGGUGGAAGUAAAUCAAACAAUGGACACCAUGAAAUGGAGCUGGACAAAAGGAAUAGCCCAAAGCAAGGGGGAUCUGACAAGUCCCAAGGGGCUGCUGAGAAAUCAGACGCCCACAGUAACGUGGGACACAGCAGGAUAGGUAGCAGCAGCAAUAGUGAUGGGCAUGACAGUUACGAUUUUGAUGAUGAGCUCAUGCAAGGAGAUGAUCCCAACAGCAGCGAUGAAUCUAACGGAAGUGACGGCAGUAACGGAAGUGACGCUAACUCCGAAAGCACCAAUGAGAGUGGCAGCCGCGGAGACACUUCUUACACUUCUGAUGAAUCAAGCGAUAAUGACAGUGACUCACACGCGGGAGAGGAUGAUAACAGUGAUGAUUCAUCUGAUACAGAUGACAGUGACAGUAAUGGUGAUGAUGACGGUGACAGUAAUAGUGAUGAUGACAGUGACAGUGAGAGUGAAGAUAAGGACGAAUCAGACAGCAAUGACCAUGACAAUAGCAGUGACAGUGAGAGCAAAUCAGACAGCAGUGACAGUAGUGACAGUAGUGAUAGUAGUGACAGCAGUGACAGUAGUGAUAGCAGUGACAGCAGUGACAGUAGUGAUAGCAGUGACAGCAGUGACAGCAGCGACAGCAGCAGUAGCAGCGACAGUAGUGACAGCAGUGACAGCAGUGACAGUAGUGACAGCAGUGACAGCAGUGACAGUAGUGACAGCAGUGACAGCAGUGACAGCAGUAGCAGCAGUGACAGCAGUAGCAGCAGUGACAGCAGUGACAGCAGCAGUAGCAGUGACAGUAGUGACAGCAGCAGUAGCAGUGACAGUAGUGACAGCAGUAGUAGCAGUGACAGUAGUGACAGCAGCAGUAGCAGUGACAGCAGUGACAGUAGCAGUAGCAGUGACAGCAGUGACAGUAGCAGUAGCAGUGACAGUAGUGACAGUAGCGACAGCAGUGACAGCAGCGACAGCAGCGACAGCAGUGACAGCAGUGACAGUAGUGACAGCAGCAACAGUAGUGAUAGCAGUGACAGCAGUGACAGUAGCAACAGCAGUGACAGCAGCAACAGUAGUGAUAGCAGUGACAGCAGUGACAGUAGCAACAGCAGUGACAGUAGUGAUAGUAGUGACAGCAGCGACAGCAGUGACAGUAGCAACAGCAGUGACAGUGACAGCAGUGACAGCAGUGAUAGCAGUGACAGCAGUGACAGCAGUGACAGCAGUGACAGUAGCAACAGCAGUGACAGUGACAGCAGUGACAGCAGUGAUAGUAGUGACAGCAGUGAUAGCAGCAACAGUAGUGACAGUAGCAACAGCAGUGACAGUGACAGCAGUGACAGCAGUGAUAGUAGUGACAGCAGCGACAGCAGUGAGAGUAAAGACAGCAGCGACAGUAGUGACAGUAGUGACAGUAGUGACAGCAGUGACAGCAGUGACAGCAGUGACAGUAGUGAUAGCAGCGACAGUAGUGACAGCAGUGACAGUAAUGACAGCAGUGACAGCAGUGACAGCAGUGACAGCAAUGACAGUAGUGAUAGUGACAGCAGUGACAGCAGCAACAGUGACAGCAGUGAUGGUGACAGCAAGGAUAGCACUUCUGACAGCAGUGAUGGUGACAGCAAGUCUGGUAAUGGCAAUAGUGUCAGCGACAGUGACAGUGACAGUGACAGCGAAGGCAGUGACAGUAACCACUCAACCAGUGAUGAUUAG